UGCAAGGCCAGGGGAGGAGGUGGCUGUUGCCCCAGCAACAACCUGGGAGAAAGAAGGCGGGCGAGGCCUUGGAGGGAUCGCGGCGCCUCGGAUCUCUCGCUGCGGGAAAGGUCCUGAGAGAGGCGCGAGCCGGCCUGGGAAGUCAGCGCCCGCGGAGAGAGGGACAGGAGAGCAUGGCUGAGGUGCACGUGAUCGGGCAGAUCGUAGGGGCCACCGGUUUCUCAGAAAGUAGCCUCUUCUGCAAGUGGGGCGUCCACACAGGGGCGGCAUGGAAGCUCCUGUCAGGCAUACGGGAGGGCCAAACACAGGUGGACACCCCCCAGAUAGGGGACAUGGCCUACUGGUCCCACCCCAUUGACCUGCACUUCGCCACCAAAGGCCUCCAAGGCUGGCCCCGGCUCCAUCUCCAGGUGUGGUCCCAGGAUAGCUUCGGCCGCUGCCAGCUUGCAGGCUACGGCUUCUGCCACGUGCCCAGCAGUCCAGGCACCCACCAGCUUGACUGUCCCACCUGGCGGCCCCUGGGCAGCUGGCGGGAGCAGCUGGCACGGGCCUUCGUAGGUGGUGGGCCUCAGCUGCUGCAUGGGGAUGCCAUCUACAGUGGAGCUGACCGCUAUCGCCUGCAUACAGCCGCUGGUGGCACUGUGCACCUUGACCUGGGCCUGUUGCUGCGCCACUUUGAUCGCUAUGGCGUGGAAUGCUGAGGAACUCUGACUCUGUGGCCCCCAUCCACAUCUCUGGACACCCAUGAGGGGCAGGAUGUGCAGCGGUUUGAAUUGCAGGCUCUGGAGAGUGCCAGACCUGACCCCAGCCAAGUCAUGGAGUGGCUUCUGUCCUGGCCCGCACCUCAAGCUGUCCCUCUGAAGUCCUGUUCACCCAUUAGUGAAAUGGGGAUAGCAAGUGUGUAGGGCAAGGGGUGUGGGGUAGAAGAGGCUCCCUGGCACGUGGAAGUGCUGAAUAAAGGAGAGCAGUU